AAUUUUGGGGGGAAAACGGGGCGAUUUGAGGGGUGAAAUAGAGCCGGGCUGCUCCGAGCAGGCAGGCGCAGCCUCUAGAUGGUGCAGUCAUGCAGCCGAGCUGAGCAUGUGUGCAGCGAAGGGCGCUGCGCAACAGGUUGGCGUAGCUCAGCGGGGAGACGCGCUCCCAUCCUCGCUGCGGCGGAGCGGAAAGGACUUUCCAGCAUCCUGGCGAGAAAUCCGCGCCGCAACCGGCCCGGAAGGCGGCUCCCCUGCAGCGCAGGAUGAACCCGCUGGCGUCCUGCCUGGGCUUGUGGCUCCUCUGCCAGCUCCCCGCCCUGGCCUUGGGGACACGUGCGGUCUACAAAGUGCAGGAGGAACAACCCCCCAACAGCCUCAUAGGGAGCCUGGCCUCCGACUACGGCUUACCGGACAUGGGGCACCUCUACAAGCUGGAAGUGGGGGCCCCAUACCUCCGUGUGGAUGGCAAGACUGGGGACAUCUACACCACAGAGACCUCCAUUGACCGGGAGAGCCUGCGGGAGUGCCAGCACCUCCUGCCUGGAGAGCCCUGCUUCCUGGAGUUUGAGGUGUCCAUCACUAACCUGAACGCCAACAGCAGCCCUCGCCUGCUCGAGGGGCAGAUUGAGGUGCUCGAUAUCAAUGACAACACCCCCAACUUCGCCUCGCCCGUCCUCACCCUCUCCAUCCCUGAAAACACCAAUGUUGGGACGCUCUUCCCCAUUCCCCUGGCCAUGGACCGGGACUCGGGCCCCAAUGGCGUUGCCUCCUACGAGCUGAUGGCUGGUCCGGAGGCGCAGGAGCUCUUUGGGCUGCAGGUGGCCGAGGACCAGGAUGAGAAGCAGCCUCAGCUGAUUGUCAUGGGGAACCUGGACCGGGAGCAGUGGGACUCCUACGAUCUGACCAUCAAGGUUCAGGAUGGGGGGAACCCACCUCGGGCAAGCAGUGCCCUGCUCCGCAUCACCAUCCUGGACAUGAACGACAACGCACCCAAGUUCGAGAAGGCCCUGUAUGAGGCAGAGCUCUCUGAAAACAGCCCUGUGGGGCACUCCGUCCUCCAGGUGAAAGCCAACGAUUCGGACCAGGGCGCCAAUGCUGAGAUCGACUACUCCUUCCACCAGGCCUCGGACAUGGUGCGGCGGUUGCUGCGCCUGGACCGCGCCACGGGGCUCAUCACCGUGCAGGGCCCCAUCGACCGCGAGGACAUCGGCACCCUCAAGUUCUCCGUCAUGGCCAAGGACAAGGGCGCCAACCCCAAGAGCGCCCGCACGCAGGUGGUGGUCACCAUCAAGGACAUGAAUGAUAACGCACCCUCCAUAGAGAUCCGGGGCAUAGGCUUGGUCACCCACCAGGAUGGCAUGGCCAACAUCUCGGAGGACGUGCCAGUAGAGACAGCAGUGGCUCUGGUGCAGGUGUCUGACCGAGAUGAGGGUGAAAACGCUGUGGUGACCUGUGUGGUGGCCGGUGACGUCCCAUUCCAGCUGCGCCAGGCCAGUGAGACAGGGAGUGACAGCAAGAAGAAAUACUUCCUGCAGACCACCACGCCAUUGGACUAUGAGUCAGUGAAGGAGUACACGAUUGAGAUUGUGGCUGUGGACUCGGGGAACCCGCCCCUCUCCAGCACCAACUCCUUGAAGGUGCAGGUGAUGGACGUCAAUGACAACGCCCCUGUCUUCAGCCAGAGCUUCACUGAGGUGGCCUUCCCUGAGAACAAUGAGCCCGAUGAGCUGGUCAUGGAGGUGAGUGCCACUGACGCUGACAGCGGCUCCAACGCCAAGCUGGUUUAUUCCCUGGUGACAGACCCCUCCUCCAAGGGCUCUUUCACCAUUGACCCUGACUCCGGGGAGAUCCGGGUGAAGGCGGUGCUGGACCGAGAGCAGAGGGAACGCUACGAGUUCUUGGUGGUGGCGGAAGAUAAGGGCAGCCCCAGCAAGCAGGGUACAGCAUCUGUGGCCAUCAACGUCAUGGACAGGAAUGACAACGACCCCAAGUUCAUGCUGAGUGGCUACAACUUCUCAGUGAUGGAGAACAUGCCACCCCUCAGCCCUGUGGGCAUGGUGACGGUCAUUGAUGCUGACAAAGGAGAAAAUGCCCGGAUCCAGCUGUCGGUGGAGCAAGACAACGGGGAUUUUGUCAUACAAAAUGGCACUGGCACCAUCCUCUCCAGCAUCUCUUUUGACCGGGAACAGCAGAGCACCUACACCUUCCGACUCAAGGCGGUGGAUGGUGGGGAUCCCCCCAGGUCUGCCUAUGUGGGGGUGACUAUCAAUGUCUUGGAUGAGAAUGACAAUGCCCCCUUCAUCACUUCCCCCUCCAACGCCACCUACAAGCACAUCCUGCCCCACACCAGUCCCGGCCAGCAGGUGAGCAAGGUCAAGGCAGAGGACAUCGACUCGGGCAUCAAUGCUGAGCUGAUCUACAGCAUCACAGGAGGAAACCCCUUCGAGCUCUUCCAGAUCUCCCCGCAGAGCGGAGACAUCACUCUGGAGAAGGAGAUCCUGCGCAAGCACCACGGCCUGCACCGCCUGGUCGUGCGCGUCAAUGACAAGGGCAAGCCCUCGCGGCAUGGCACGGCUCUGGUGCACUUCUAUGUCAACGAGACACUGGCCAACCGCACGCUGCUGGACACGCUGGUGGGGCACAGCCUGGACACCCCGCUGGACAUUGACAUCGCCGGCGACCCUGAGUACGAGCGCAGCAAGCAGCGGAGCAACAUCCUCUUCGGGGUCAUCGCCGGCAUCGUGGCUGUCACCCUGGUCAUCGUGCUGGUGGUCCUGGUGCGUUACUGCCGGCAGCGCGAGGCCAAGAGCGGCUACCAGGCAGGCAAGAAGGAGACCAAGGACCUGUAUGCACCCAAGCAAGCCAGCAAGAGCGGGAAGAGCAAGAACAAGGUGAAGAAGAGCAAGUCUCCCAAGCCACCCAAGCCCACAGAGGAUGAGGAGGAGACGGGGCUGCAGAAAUCACUCAAGUUCAACCUCAUGAAUGACUCUGUCAGUGACAGCCCCCGGAUCCACCUGCCCCUGAACUACCCUCCGGGCAGCCCGGACCUGGGCCGCCACUACCGCUCCAACUCGCCGCUGCCCUCCAUCCAGCUGCAGCCUCAGUCACCCUCUGCCUCCAAGAAGCACCAAGUGGUGCAGGACCUGCCGGCCACCAACACCUUUGUUGGCACUGGGGACAACAACUCGACGGGCUCCGAGCAGUACUCGGACUACAGCUACCGCACCAACCCCCAGAAAUACACCAACAAGCAGUUACCUCAUCGCCGAGUGACGUUCUCUGCAGCCAGCCAGGCUCAGGACCUGCAGGACCCCUCCCAGCACAGCUACUACGACAGCGGGCUGGAGGAAUCCGAGACCCCCAGCAGCAAAUCUUCGUCGGGGCCCCGCAUCGGGCCCCUGGCCCUGCCCGAGGACCACUACGAGCGCACCACGCCCGAUGGCAGCAUCGGGGAGAUGGAGCACCCUGAGAACGAUCUCCGGCCUCUGCCCGAUGUAGCCAUGACUGGGACCUGCACCCGGGAGUGCACAGAGUUCGGCCACUCCGACACCUGCUGGAUGCCUGGCCAGUCCUCCCCCAGCCGCAGGCCCAAGAACGCCCUCAAACUCUCCACUUUUGUGCCUUACCAAGACAGAGGGAGUCAAGAGCAAGUCGGGAACGGCAGCCCCAGACUGUCAGAAGAGCGCAGCACCAAAAUGGCCAACCUCCGCCUGCUCCCCACGUACAGUGCCUUCUCCAAUAGUAGCCAUGAGCCCUGCAAGGACUCUCCCAUGGAGGAAAUUCCUCUCACCCAGACCUCGGACUUCCAGCCAGCCACCACCCCCUCGGCCCAGACCACCAAGAGAGAGAUCUACCUGUGAGGCUGGGCGUGAGGGGCAGGGAGCUGAGGCCAGAGGAACAUUUUCCACUUUGAUGCUUUAUGGCUCCGGCCCUUCGCCAAGGCUGGGGGCUCUGCGGGGAGCAGGGCAGGGCGAGGCAGGGAUGAGAGGAGCGCCUUUUUAACCCCGUGUUGCCCGGGGCUGGGGG